UGCCUGCAAGAGAAGCACAUUUCAGUGAGUAUUCCUGACUCAGAGUUAGUGUAUCUAUUUUCUGCUGGAAAAAUCACAGACACCAGAGUAGCUGAGCUGAAGGGAAAGUACACCCUCCUGCAUAAGACUGUGAUAAGUUUACAGGAAUCUGAGAUCCAGCUGUUGCAGGAAGCCAAACGUCUUAGUGUAGAACUGGAACAACAGCAACAUGAACUGGAAAAAGCAGAACAGUUCCCUGAAGAAUCUUCCAGUGAAGUUUCCCAAAUAAGGCAGCAACUUCUUAGUUGCCAAAAUGAAUACAAGGCUAUUAAAGAAAGAGAGUAUGAAGUGCAGUUCAAGUUGGAAUGUUUGCAAGAAGAAAAAAGUUUUCUGGAGAGUGAAUGUGAAAGAAUUCCAAAACAAAGGGAAGCAGAUAAGAAAAUUAAACAGUUGAAAGAAAAUUAUGAUGACCUCUGCAAAGAAGUAAUCCAAAGGAAAGCAGAAAUUAAUGCAUUAAAGGAAGAGGUUUUGUCCCAGCAAAACCUGAUAUUAACAGACAAGAAGGAAGUGGAAGAGCUCCUGGAGAAGCAGGAUGAUUUAAAAGGUGAGCUAGUUAAGGUCCUUCGUGUUCCAGCGCAUCAUCGAAAGGAAACUGAGAAGAUUAAUCAGGAAAAAAUUGAUGAAGAGAAGAGGAAAGAUGCCCUUAAUGACAAAAUAGAAGAGUUGAAUGAUACCCUGAAAGCCAUUGAGAAAAGAACUGAAGAGAUUUUGCAGGAAAGACAAAAUGUAAUGGAGGAAUUGAAUGGGAAAAAAAAAUUGCUGGAAAGCAAAGAACAAGAAAACAUCACUUUGACAAAAUCUCUAGAAAUCAGCAGAGAGAAGGAAUCAGCGAUCCUACUAGACAGAGAAAUUCUGCAAGAGAAUAUAAAUAAAUGUGUCUUGGAGAAAAAAAGGCAAUAUGAUAUUCUCAUUUACCAGGAAGCAGAGAAAGCUAGAGAACUGAAACAUUUGAAAAAGGUGGAGUUACAACUGAAUGUGAUUAAUGAUUCCUUGGAACAAGACAAGUCGCAGCAUAAAAAACUCAUAUUAGAGGCAGAAGCCAUCCCUAAAAGUAACAGAGAAUUAUUAGAAAGACGACAAGAACUGCAGAAGGAAGUUGAAAUGGCCAAGAGGAGUUUAGCUGAGCAGGAAAUGUUAUCAGACAUGGAUGCUCGCAUGAUAGAAGAAUGUAUUGCUGAAGAAGAUCGGCUUUUCAAGGAGCAGGAAAAAUGCAGAAAUGAGUUAUCCAGGCUAGCACAUCUGACUUCUCGCAAAGUUGAAGAGAAGGAACAGAAAUGCAGAGAUGUUCAGAAAAUCCAAAUACAACUCCAAAAUUGUAUUAAAAAAAUAAAAAGAAAGGAUCUUGAAAUAAGAGAAUAUAAAAGGAGGACAAGAGAAAUCCAAAAAGAAAUACAAGGAUUUGCUAAAAUGUAUGAAGUUAUCCAAAACGAAAGGAAUAAAUGUAUAAACCUGGUGCGUGCUGCUCAGCAGAAAGCAAGUAAAAUUAAAAACCGGGUAAAAUUGGUAGAAAAUCAAAUAGAAAGUUUAAGGAAUACUGUUUUGACCAAGGAAAGAAAAUUGCAGAAGCAACGUCUGAAGAAUACAAAUAAUGUAGUAAUUAAAGACAGUCUCAAAAGUGAUUAUUGCAAAAUUGUAGAAAUCAUACACGAGAUGCAAUCAAGGAAAAAGCAACUGUGUCUGGAUCUCGAGAGGCUCACCAACACUGUCACCCGCAUUGAAGAGGAAAUUGAGGAGCUACACAAAAAAUAUGAAAGGGCUAUUCAGCAAAAAAAUGAGAGUGGUCUUAUGCUCAGAAAUCGAGAAGAAGAACUAUGCAUUUUAUAUGAGAAAGUGAACAUACAAGAGAUGUUAUGUAGAAAUGGAGCUAUUGAGAUGGAAGUUAUGAAUGAAAAGAUCAGAUUUCUGAAGCUGAAGGUAGCUGAGAAAAAGAGACAGAUUAAAUCAGCAUUCAAAGCACUCCCAGAGAAGAACGCCCUGGAGGCACAGCUGGUGGUACUUCAGAUACAGUAUUCCAAAUGCAAGGAAAGGAUUAAACAGAUGGAGGCAAUCUUUGCAGACCCCACAAAUGAGACGAGAAAGCGAGAGUUGGGAGGGAAGGACCUAUCGCCACCUGAACUGCUAAAAAAGAUUGAGCAGCUAGAGGUGGAGCUGGCACAGAAGGAAAAGAAGCUGCUGGAGACAGAUUUUCUCUAUGAGUACGUUUGCCGGCUGACAGACAGCAUCCGUGCCAUGGUAGAGGACGGGAAACAGGACAAGCUGCUGUUAGCUAAAAGGACAAACAACCUGCAGAAGAAGAUAAAGGACAGAACCCAGAAGAUGAUGGCUCUUGUUGCAGAGCUAUCCAUGAAGAAAGCACUUGUCAUUAAGCUCCAGCAGGAAAUGAGAAACAAAGAACAAUUUUUGAUGACUGUUUCAUCACGGAUAGAUCAAGGUCUUCCCCUUCCCAAAGAAACAGAAAAUGAAUGGUUGAAGGUAUUACGCAAUGAGAAGAUGCGGAAAGAAGCAGCUGAAGCCAGAGCGAAACGUGCAGCAGAAGAGGAACAAGCUGCAGUGCCCGGCUGCCGCCACAUGAUCGCCUGUAUCCCAGGUGAUGAAUACAGUCUCCCAUUGCUGCAGGCCUGUGGUACGCUGGCUCCUCUCAAACCACGCGAGCCUGGCUCCAAUACGAGGCACUUCACAAAACCUGUUGUGAAGCCAACUGAAAUCUAAAGAGACAGCAGCUACAGCAGGAGAGGCCGGCACCAGUUGCUGACUCUCUGGGGUCAAUAGCAUUUCCACUGCACUGAAGGAAAGUCCAUUAUUGUUCAGCCAAAUUCCUUAUUAAAAACAAAGA